AAAUCACGACUGUAUGCCAAUAUGCGCGACACUGACUGAAUGGAACAAAAGCUCGAAGAAAAGUAGGAGAACUCUUUCACGACCCUGGUGGCAGUCUCCAGUCUGUUGACGGUCUGACGGCGCCGGUUCUGGCUUUCACUUCACCACGCAAAAGGGACUUGUGAGCGCUGUCAUUGUGAGAAUCUGAUCAUUAGGCCGAAGAAAAGCAGACAAAAGCCUUCAAGAGCCUGGGACAUAAGAUACGGGCUCUUUGAGUUUGAGCAAGUUGCCCCCCAUCCGCGCCAACGAGACCUUGGACCAGGCCUAGGUACGCCUGACGCGAUUCUGAGCCUCUCGACCUACGACCAGAAUCACUUCAAUAAUCCUGUAUUCAUCUUUGUCUCAUUGAACAGAGUACAAUAUGGUAUCGCUUGCAUCCUUCCCCAAUGAACUUCUCAUUGCAAUCCUCACCCAAGCCGCAUACGUGCGCAGUAUCAAACGCGCUUUACGAUUAAGACUUGUCUGUAAACGCUUUGCUGAUACCGCCACCACCGCCAUCUUCAACUCCGGCAUCCUCGACCGCGAAGAAAUGUCAGACCGCAUCUGCAGAGCCCCAAACUUCUGGGCAGAGUAUCUUGCGUACCAAACGCUCAAGCAUGUCGGCCAAAAGAGCCGAGACAUGAAAAAAGUGAUCCUUGUCGCGCAGCAUAUCUGCCGUCAUCGCCUCAGCUCUGCAGAUAGAACGUGUGUUACAGCAGGAGCCGUUACCGACGAUGAACUAAGAGAAUGCGUGCUUGACCUUUGCAAAAUGCUAACCAUAUUGUACAACGUAACAUUCAGCUAUGAAUCAUGGCUUGCUGCUGAAUCCGCAGACGCGGUCGAAGGAGAGGAAGACGUGUCAUCCCUCGAAUUCGGGCGCCAUCUUCUCAGCGCCGCAGCUUGGAUGGGUGAGGAAAGCCUCGUCGUCAAACUGGUGGGAGAAGGCUGCAAUUAUUGGGAUUACCACCUGCGCCCCAGAUUUUUACAUCCCCUCCGAGCCGCGUCCUAUCGCGGCCACGUUGACAUCGUCAGAUUUCUGAUGGUCGACGAUUCCGGCGAUGCUCCACACCCAUACACGCGCCGCUGUAUGAUCGUCAAUUUCGCCAUGCUAAACAGCCAUAUGGAGUUGCUCGCCCUCACUCUGGAUCCUACGUGGCACAGCGGCCCAGUUCCGCCAGAAUGCAUCCAGACACUACAACUCUCGGCGCUGAUUUCGGUCGGUACGCUGGAACCGUUUGUACGGCUGUUGGAGAGCGCUAAAGCGCACAUCACCAAUUAUAAGACAAAAUGGAUUCCUCAUCGGAUCGGCGUUGCAGUAACAGCGGGUCAAGCAGAUAUCGUGAGGUAUUUGAUUGAGAAAGAGGGGGCGGAGGAUCAUAAACAUGAUGGGAACGAUGUCUCGUUAUUCCAGUCUUACUGUCCAGUCGAACUUGUAAAGGGCCGGAGACUACGACAAAGAGACGUCACCCUGCUCAGUCGCGCUGCCCGAGCCGGGUUUGUAGAUCUCGUCCGGGUCUUUCUCGAUGCCGGAGUAAAGCACGACCAUGCGAUCGAAUUCGCGGCAAUGUGUGGAUCGAGGACAAUCGUAAGGUUGCUGCACGAGCAUGGGCAGAAUACAGAUGACGCCAUGCAGGGGGCACUCGCCAUGGCGGUGGACAGGGAAGAUACCGCCAUGUUCAACCUUCUGGAAGGGUUAGGAGCCAAGCUCGACGAUGACGUAAGGGCGGCGGUGGUGAGAAAGGCGCAGGAAGAGGGACUUGAGUCAAUGGUCGAAAUGCUAGGUAAAGACGGAAACGCACCUUACAAAGGAAGGACAUGAUUGAAGGCUGUAUAAACACGAAGACAUUUAACGAGUACCCUCACCGAAAAAAUGCAAGGUGAAUUUGGUAGUCAGCAGAUUUAGUAAGAUAACUCGUGCCUUCCUGAACCCUAAAACGAAGUCUACAAACCGGUGACAUCACGUUUAGUAUAUUACAUAGAAUUAGCAAAGCCUAC